AUGUUAACACCAUCAAAUCACGAACUAAAUAUCCAUUUCCGUCCUCAUGAACAUAAAACUCAUUCAAAGGGUCUAUCUUCCCCUGGUUUUACACCUCCUACUGGAUUUAUACCUCCCCUUGCUUUUACACCUCCCCCUAACCAUAUGCAACCCCACAGUUCCACAUCUCCCCCAAGAAAUAUCCCUCCUGGCUUUAUUCCUCAUCCUGUGCUCUUUCCUCCACCUAUCUUCCAACACCCUGGCCACAUACCCCCUAGUUCCAUACCUCCUCCUGGCCCCAUACCUCCCCCUGGCUGUAUACCUCCUACCUUCCCACCUUAUACAUUGAAAUCCCAACACAAGUUACCUUCUACACCAAGCAAUAUACCUUAUUCAAACCAGAAACCCUCCCCGAAUACUCUACCACACCCAGUUCCGAAGAAAGCAACACCAGAAAGAUUAACCAAUGACCAUUCCAAAAUACCAUCGCACUUCAUUGAACUAAUUAAACUACUUCAUGGGUAUGUGUGCUAA